GCCGGCAGUUUUUGUUACAAAGCCAGCGAGAGCACACGUCACAAGAGAGAAAAUAAAAAAUGUUUUCACCGCGACUUCUUGCGGUUUUCGCCCUACUGGCCGCCGUGGCCUUUGCGGCUGCCGUACCGGUUCCCUUCAAGCAGGUCUCCUACCCGCAGCCCAUCACUACGGUCAACGAUGACGAUGUGGACGACUUCACGUCCUGGUUCCGGGGCCCGUGGGACAGCUUGUUUAGCUCCGUGUGGAAGCUCAUCCCAAGCUUCGCCGACAUCGGCCCGAAGAUCAUCGCCAAAGACAACAUGUUCCAGAUCGCCGUCAACGUCAAGAAAUACAAGCCUGAAGAUCUGUCUGUGAAAGUGAAGGGCGACUUCAUCUUUGUGCAGGGUACGCACGAAGCGAAACACGAGGAUAGCGACAUGUUUGCGAGCCAGUUCUACCACACGUACUCGCUACCGGUGAAUGCAAGCGCCGCCGACGUCAGUGCGCAGCUAUACAAUGACGGUUACCUCGUGGUGACCGCACCUCUGAAUGGGUCCAGCGAGAAAGGUACGGACAGAGAAGUGCCUAUCAAGGAGACCGGGACUCCUUACAACAAGGACGACAAACCAGAUUUGGAGAAACCCGACAAGCCCGCCGAGCCGACCUCCACCGCGCAGCCGGUAGAAGAAGACAAGAAGGAACAGACGACACCUUCCGACCGCGAGGAAGUCACCGACAACAACAAUGUUAUUCCUCAUGGAAACGAAGUCCAACCCUAAAGUGAUAGCAUAGCUGUAAGCAUAUAUUUAUAAAGCAGUAUUUUAAUAAAUAUUUUUUUAAAAUAUU